AUGCCCAACAUACGCGUCAAGUCUAUGCACCCACUCCUACAUCCAAGAGUGCAAUCGCUCCUCGACGAUGAGAACCUAGUCUUCACCUUUCGAGCUCGUUACGAAUCGAACGACGACCACAUCAAAGACAGGGACACUAGGGUUACGGGAAAAUUCGAAUGCCCAAAUAAGAGAUGCCGCAAUAAAUGGAGCAGCGUGUGCAUCGCGAUCUGGAUUCGCCUAUACCACGGCAACGAGUACACCGUUGUGGUUUACCACCAGCGUUGCCUAAAGUGCAAUGCCCUAGCAAAGCCGACGCUCGACGACACUUACGAGGAGAGGGUAGCCAGGUGUCUCAAGAUCUGGAGCAACAUCAAGAUUCCACGAGAAAAUCACGAACACAAGAGGACGGCGCCGCACGAGAGCAGUCGUUGUGAGGGCUGCAAGGCUGGCCACUGUCAGGAUUAUUGA